GGUAAAUGAUACAAUCUGGAAUCUAGAGUUUAUAGGCUGCCUACGUAAUAUGCAUCCUAGGCAACAUGGUCUAAUUGGGUAUGAAAAAUUCAGAUAUUCUCCUCUUUUUUUUCACGGUGUUUUUCUUUCUAUUCUGGGAUACAUCGUCUAAUUGUAGCACUAGACUUUGGGGAGGGAACACCGGAGGGGUUCUUGCUACCAUUGAUUUAGGAACGUUUAAGGCAUGUUUGGUGAAAGAAUAUGAUACGAGAUUUGAUAUUUCUCAAAUGCGGGAGGAGACCAGAGGCUAGUUCUUGAUGAGCUGGGGCAGUCCGGGGCGUCUCGGGUAUUGUCGACACAUUUGCCUGGGAGAGGUGGUUCGGGCUCUCCGAGGGAUGCGUAGUGGGAGAGCUUUGGGACCAGAUGAGAUUCCGGUGAAGUUUUGGAAGCAUGCGGGCCGUGGUAAAGGUGACAUUCAGAGCUGCGAGAAUUACAGAGGCAUCAAACUCCUUAGCCACACCAUGAAGGUUUGGGAGCGAGUCAUUGAGUUUAGGGUGCGAAAAGGGGUAUGCAUCUCUGAGAACCAGUUCGGUUUCAUGCCUGGCAGAUCGACUACAGAGGCCAUUCACCUCGUGAGGAGGUUAAUGGAAGAGUAUAGGGCUAGGAAGAAGGACCUUCAUAUGGUGUUUAUUGAUCUUGAGAAGGCGUAUGAUAGGGUGCCAAGGGAGGUCUUAUGGAGGUGCCUAGAGACGAGAAGAGUUCCCAUCGCGUACACUCGCGCGAUCAAGGAUAUGUACGAUGGGGCUAUGACUAGGGCGGAUGGGGAGUUAGACGGAGAUGUUGGACAUCGUGUUGGAGUGGCUUGGGCCAAAUGGCGGUUGGCCUCAUGGGUGUUGUGUGACCCGAAGAUUUCACCCAGGAUGAAAGGUAAGUUCUACCGAUCCGUAGUCAGACCUGCUAUGUUAUACGGGGCAGAGUGUUGGGCGGUUAAGAAGACUCAUGUGCGUCGUCUGCAUGCGGCGGAGAUGCGGAUGUUACGAUGGAUGUGUGGGAAGACAAGGUUGGAUAGGAUUUCGAACGAAGUUAUUCGACGUCAGGUAGGCAUGGCGCCGGUGGAAGAUAAGUUGCGGGAAGCGAGGUUGAGAUGGUUUGGGCAUGUGAGACGUCGGGAUGCUGAUGCCCCUGUACGGAGGUGCGAGAGGAUCACGGUUAUCGGGGGAAAGUGUUGGGCGGUUAAGAAGACUCAUGUGCGUCGUCUGCAUGCGGCGGAGAUGCGGAUGUUACGAUGGAUGUGUGGGAAGACAAGGUUGGAUAGGAUUUCGAACGAAGUUAUUCGACGUCAGGUAGGCAUGGCGCCGGUGGAAGAUAAGUUGCGGGAAGCGAGGUUGAGAUGGUUUGGGCAUGUGAGACGUCGGGAUGCUGAUGCCCCUGUACGGAGGUGCGAGAGGAUCACGGUUAUCGGGGGAAGUAGAGGAAGGGGUAGACCUAUGAAGAAUUGGAAAGAGGUGAUUAGGCAGGAUUUAGGACUUCUCACCCUGACUGAGGAUAUGGCUUUAGAUAGGAACCAUUGGCGGACUAGGAUUAAAGUAGCUGGUUAGGAGCGCGGUGCUGCAGAGGUUUUUGUAGUGUGUUGUGUUUGAUUGGAAUCUUCUACUUUUGCUUGUUGGACUUUCAUUUCAUUGUACUUGGUGCUUUAUCCUGUUAUAUCCUGUUACCCUGUUAUAUUGUGUUCCCUACCAUAUUUUUGUGCAGGUUGAGCCGGGGG